GGUUUUCUUUGUUGGCGUUUCUUCUAAUCUCACCUCAGCAGCUCAAGCACCUCCCAAAGCUUCAACACAAUGACGAAGAGAACUAAGAAGGCUGGAAUCGUUGGGAAGUACGGUACCCGUUAUGGUGCUAGUUUGAGGAAGCAGAUCAAGAAGAUGGAAGUCAGUCAGCAUAGCAAGUACUUCUGUGAAUUUUGCGGGAAGUACGCAGUGAAAAGGAAGGCUGUUGGAAUCUGGGGAUGCAAAGAUUGUGGCAAGGUGAAGGCAGGCGGUGCUUAUACAUUGAACACUGCUAGUGCUGUGACUGUCAGGAGUACCAUCCGUAGGCUCAGGGAGCAGACCGAGAGUUAGAUUUUCAGUGUUUCUUGAUCCACUGUAAUUCUCAAUCAUUGUCACAUUUUAGAAGGUUUUUACCAAUUUUGAUUACUGUUGAAAUACACUCGAAUGGGAUGCUAAGCAAGAUUUGAAUGCUAUGUGUUUGAUUAACUUUGUUCCUGUUA